AUGUAUGGAGGGAGAAGAGUCAAUAGGCGUCAGGUUUCACCAGUGUCACCUCUUAUUGUUGAUGUUGUUGAUCCACUCCCACCUUUUACUAUUGCGUAUGUUGAUCCAGUGCCACCUCCGGAGGGUGAGGCUGUUGCGGGUGCCGAGCCAGAGAAGUUUCUUAACCAUGAGAGGAAGAUUAAUGCAUUUACUCAGCCGAAUGAGGAAUGGUUUCGAUCAGUUUUGUCCUUAUCUGGCCUGAAGGACUUGUACAUGAUCAGUUAUACUACGGUCAACCACAAGAUGCUUAAUGAAUUGGUGGAGAGAUGGAACUCGGAGACCUCGUUAUUUUAUCUCCCGCAUGGUGAGAUGUCUAUCACACUUGAUGAUGUCUCGUGUUUGCUACAUCUUUCGAUCAGAGGGAGAUUUCUAGAUCAUGAUAGGAUGGCCAAAGACGAGGCACCCGAGAUAAUGAUAGAGUAUCUAGGGGUUGAUCCAGGGGAGGCGAUGGAUGAGUUGGAUAAGAUCAGGGGUGCUCAUGCUAGAUUUGUAUACCUAAAGAAGGUAUAUGAGGAUGCGCUCUUGAGUGCACACCAGGCUGAUGGUGAUGAUGAGCCGGUGGCGCUCCACACCUCGUAUGCAUUGAGAGUAUACCUGCUUUAUUUGGUUGGAACUACGAUUUUUAUGGACAAGAGUGUCACAUAUACAGACGUCAUCUAUGAGUACAAUUGA